AAUAAAAUCAGAAAAAGAAAAAGAAAAAAUAAAAUCAAAUAGCCUCCACUUGUGCCUUGUUAUAGCUUACCGGGUUGACCUCCACACCCCCCUGGUUCGGGUCCAGUACGGUCCGGGUCCGGUCUGUGCUUGGUUCGACCAAGGUUUGAAUUUCCCAGAGGGGGUUCGACCUGGUUCGAACCCUGGUGGACCAAGAUCGAACCAGGUCGAACCCGGACGGCUGGGCGGUCCAAAACAGGUUUUUUUGUGCAAAAUUUAAUUUUUUUAAAAAAUCCGCCAUGUUAAAAGUCAAUUUUAUACCCUAAAAGUGACUUCUAAAACAUAAUCUUGGCUCAUUUCUCCUCAUUUGUGUUGCAAACAAAAGUUUUUUGACAGCAGGUUGAAGAAAGGGUGAACAAAGUUUGGCUUCCAAGAUCAAAUAGGAGGAGUUGAAGACUGAUUUUUGAAGCUUCAACAAGUGUUGCAGCAUCAUUUCCAUACAUUUGCAAGCUCCCAUUGGCUACAAGAGGAACUAGAAUGGCAUCUACCUCUUCCUUCGUUGGCAAUGAACAAACAAUUAUAAAACAAAGAAAUGAUCUGAAUUCUCCCUUAUGGAAGUAUGUUGACAUUUUAAACCAACUUCCAAGAGGUGGGGGAUUCCGUUGGAGAUGCCAAGGAUGUGGUAUUGAAUGUAAUAGUUCAUAUUAUCGGGUGGUAGGCCAUUUGUAUGGAAUAAAAGGAAAAGGCAUCAAAAAAUGCCCUGGAAAAGAUGGUGAAAUAUUUUUAGGAGCAUGAGGAGGCAAAAGAGAGAGAAGCCCGUAGAUUGAAUCAAACCGCAGCAAAGAAAACAAGGGGAAUGCAAGCCCCAUCUAAUCCCAAUGUUGUAGUACAAAGCCACCCCUUCUUUUCUACAAAUGAACUUGAAAAUGAACCACCCUUGACACGCAAAAGAACAAAGGGGCCUUUAGAAACCGCAUUUCAAAAUGAGAGUAGAGACAUUGUUGACCAAGAUAUAGAAAGGUGCAUUUGUGCAAAUGGGUUGGCUUUCAAUGUUGUGCACUCCCCAUAUUGGAAGCAAAUGAUAAAAAGUGUUAAUGAAGCUCCAAGAGGGUAUAAGGGCCCAGGUUAUGAGAAGGUACAUGGAACAUUAUUGGACAAAGAGGUGAACAGGGUUGAAGAUGCAUUGAAACCCAUAAGGGAUUCAUGGACUGAGACAGGUGUAACAAUUGUUUCAGAUGGGUGGAAAGAUGCUAAAAAUCGUCCAUUGAUCAAUGUCAUAGCGGUGUCCCCUAAAGGGGCAAUUUUUUUGAAAGUUGUGGAUUGUGAAGGCCAAGUAAAAGAUGGCCAAUUUAUUGCAGAAAUUCUCAUCUCCGCCAUUGAGUCAGUGGGACCCCGCAAUGUUGUCCAAGUCAUAACAGACAAUGCAAGAAAUUGUAGAGCUGCUGGUUUGUUGGUCGAGGAACGCUAUGAUCACAUCUUUUGGACACCUUGUGUAGUCCAUUCACUCAAUCUUAUGCUACAAAGGAUUGAGACUAAAAUAAAAUGGAUCAGAGAUGUGUAUGCAGAGGCUGAGGACAUCCAGAUGUUCAUCACAAACCACCACAUGUCUCAAGGGAUUUUUAGAUCCUUUUCGAAUUUGGAGAUAUUGAAGGUUGUUGAGACCUGUUUUGCAUCAAACACAAUCGUCUUAAGACGACUUGUGAAAGUUAGAGUGGCACUAUGCAAUAUGGUGAUCAGCAACAAUUGGAUUGUAUGGAAGCAGAGUAGCAGUGAGAAGGCAGAAAAAAUUAGGGAGAGAAUAUUGAAUGAGAAAUUGUGGGAUCUUGUUACAUAUCUCCUAAGUAUCAUUGAGCCCAUUAUGAGUAUGAUUCGCUAUACCGACAUGGAUAGGCCUUUCAUUGGUGAGAUUUAUGAUGGCAUUGACUCAAUGCUUGAAAAAAUAAAGUUCACUAUAAAUGCAAAAGAGAAUGACCCCGAGGAGAAAUUCUUCAAAUAAGUGAAAGCAAUUAUUGUAGAAAGGUGGAAUAAGAUGACCACUCCUUUGCAUCUUCUUGCCUAUGCCUUGACACCAAAGUACUAUAGCAAUUAGUUUCUUGAUAAUACAGGAAGGAUUCCACCAUGGAGAGAUCUAGAAGUAUCUGAUGGGUACAAGGCAACAUUUCUUAGACUAUAUCCUGAUGAUGGUUUGCGAGAUAAUGUUACAAAUGAGUUCAUAGAAUUCGCAAAUGGGAAUGGUCUAACUGUUGAGGCACCGUGUCAUAGAUCCAAGAAGGAUGCUCAUAGCUGGUGGUACUUCCAUGGUGCAUGCUUCCAACACCUACAACCCCUCGCUGUAAAAGUUUUAUCACAAGUAAGUUUAAUUAAUUAAAAUUUAUCACAAGUUUAUUUAUAGUUUACUUUGUCUUCAUAGGUUGCUAGUUCAUCUGCUUCAGAAAGAAAUUGGAGCACAUACUCUUUCAUCCACUCAGUAAAGCGCAAUAGGUUGCUAUCAAAAAGAGCGGAGAAUUUAGUAUAUGUGCAUUCCAACCUACGUCUUCUUUCACACAAACAAUGUGACUACACACAAGGGGAAAUGAAGAUGUGGGAUAUAGAGCCAGAGCACACUGAUUUGGAUGCUCCCACUUCUCAGCUUCUUGCAUUGACACUUGAUGACUUGGAGGGCGAGCAAACUUUUAGUGCAAGUGCAAGUGGCGUUGGCUCAUCUAAUGUCAGUGUCAAUGAUGAUGAUGAUGAGGAGGAGGAGGAUGAAUUAGCUGAUCCAUUUGAUGAUUAAACUUUAUAUUGUUGAAAGUUGAAACAAUGGUACUUGAAUAUUUUGUCAUUUUGAUAUUAAAUUUGAUGUAUAUGAUACUAUU